AAACAGCUCAGCUCGACGCGUCUUAUCGCUCCAGAACAGGCGCGUAACCGCGGUGCGUUAUCCACGGUAUCUCAUCCAAAAACAAGCCCCCCCACACCCCGGAGAGAGCUGCGUCUGCGGGACAUCAUUCUUCAUUGAUGCAGGAGGACAACAGAGGGACAAGGUGUUGAUGUCCACACAGAAGACAGGAGGAUGACAUGUGAGCACCUGAGGCGGGUGGUGACACUGUGCGUGUUCCUGUGCGCGGCGCGUGCAGCUUCCUCCAGCCAGGGCGACUUCCACAAGAAAGUGGCUAUGAUGCUGAAGGAAGAGCCAGUGAACCCCAAGUGCUUUGCUGAAGACAGGAACGACCUCACGUGCUUCUGGGAGGAAGAUGAGGAAAGGGCCGGUUCUGUGGAUCAGUACUCCUUCACGUACACAUACGAAAAUGAAAAAAGCAACGUGUGCCCGUUGAGAGCCGUCCCUGCAGCCGGCGGGAAGAUGCUGUUCGUCUGCCACCUGAAUAACACUCAGAUGUUUACCAUGAUGGACAUUAAAGUUCACAGGGAGACAGAACUGAUCCACAACCGCAGCCUCUACAUCGAGCUUGUCUUUCUUCUCGACCCUCCUAACAACGUGACGGUGAACCACACGGGGAAUCCGGGUCAGCUGAGGGUCACCUGGCUGCCGGUUCCCAUCAAGUACAUGAACGACGCCAUGAACUACGAGGUCAGCUGCGCCCCAGCGAACGGCUACCCGGGGCAGGUCGAGGAGGUGAAAGCUGGUUCCGAGCUGAUCCUGAGGAACCUGCAGCCGGGGACAAAGUACAAGGUGCAAGUCCGAGUGAAGCUGGAUGAGCUCAGCUACAACGGCUACUGGAGUUCCUGGAGUGAACCGGUGUUCAUAGAGACACCGCCGGGAGAAUUCGACCCGCUCAUCAUGUCCCUGACUCUCAUCAUCUCCUUCAUCCUCGUGGUGCUGUCGCUCUCCGUCCUCCGGUCCCAUCGCAGGUUUCUUACAAAGAAGAUUUGGCCGACUAUCCCAAGUCCUGAGGGCAAGUUCCAAGAUCUGUUCACAGUUUACGGUGGAGACUUCCAGGAGUGGUUAGGCCACAGCAACGGAGGCUUUAGAUCGGCUCCAGCUUUCUUCUGCUCAGAGGAACGCCCCUCAGCCCUGGAGGUGCUGUCGGAGCUCAGUGUCUCCUCGGCGCUGCCCUCGCCGCCGCUGCCACCCAAAGUCUCCAGAGCUCCAACCGCAGACCGGAAGGAGGACGUGGACGGGAAGUGGCCGGAUGAGAGAGAGACGUUAGAGAGGGGCGAUCCUGCUGUGACAGACGGGUGGAGAGCAGCGCCACGCGACCACUGGCUGAUGGAGCGCCUGCGUGCCCUCCACCAGCAGCCCUGCUCCCAGUCCUCUCUGCUGGAGUCUCAGGACACGUACGUCACUCUCAGUAACCACAACCACAGCCAGGCCGAGCACCUGGAUGAUAUCCUAGAGGAGACCUUACCCCUCCAGGUGCUGUUUGCCUCCAGGAACACUGCGCUGCGUGAAUCCGACUCUGACCUGGGGUCAGUGCAGCAGAGCUCCGGCACUCUUUCCUCCCAGUCCAGCUUCGAGUACCCAAACCAGCUCUGGAACCACAAGGGCCCGGGGUACACCUACAUGGCAGUGGCAGAUUCUGGGGUCUCGAUGGAUUACAGCCCCAUGAGCAGAACGGACAGCAUCGGGAAAGUGGUUAUCUACGCCAAUGAGUAUAAUAAUGAGAUCCCCUCGAACAGGAGGCCGUUCCUGCCGCGGCAGCAGCCCGUGCAGGAUGGCAGCUGAACGCACAGAGACUCAAACCACAUGGCGUCAUGUCAACUGUUAAAAGGAGAAUCCAGGAUUCUGUCUCUGGCUGAAACACGGAGCAGUGCAAGCUGAAGGACUCCAUGUCAACUGGAUAAACAUUUCUACUUUGCCAAGUCAUCCCCGAUCUGUAGAGGACAAGCUGUGGCUUCUGCAAGGAAAUAUUCAUGUUUGAGAUAAGUUUAGUAUAAUUUUUUAGCUUAAAUAACCAAAAAGCUUUUUACAAGUAGACGUACAGAAAUGGAAACUGAACAUUACAACCUGAUGCGUUUUCUGCCCCUUCUCAUUUUUAUUUUGUCAACAAAUCCCAGUUCCACUCUCCCACAAUUUUGUCUAAAUAAGUAUAAAAUUAAUAUAAUAAUAUAUUUACACAUGAUAAACAAUAUAUACAACAGUUAUAUUUAAUAUUGAAACAACUUAUAAUAUAAUACACUUAAAUACACAACUUAAUAUGAAACAGAAAUUAGUAUGAACAUUAAAAUAUAAUGAAUAUAAACUAGUUAAUCUAAUCCAUCCUGUGGUUCCUAAGACGUUUCAGUUAAUAAAAACUUAACAUAGUUUUGCAAAAUAUAGAAAGACCAACUAUUGAGUUUUUCUUUAUUCAUGUGAUUUGUUGACAAUAACUUUCAGCCUCAAAUCUAAAUCACUUUCACUUGAACCCGGCAGCUAUAAAGUCAGAGUCAUUUCCAAACCUGAUAAAACUGUAUUUGUAAAUAAUAUUAAGUUUUGUUAUUGUAUUUUAUCACAGCUGUAUCAGAGAGGGAUCAACAUCUUAAGUUGUUGUUAUUCUCAUAAAAACAUAUUCCUGAGCAUUAAAAUAGUACUUCCACUGUAGGCUGUGCAGGGAAGGUUUAAUAUUCAUUCUCAGGACACUGUAGAUGGUAAUUAAACUUAAUUUAAGUCAACACUGCCGUCUAAAGAGUAAAGCUCACGUGACGUUUCAGAUUUAUUCAAGUUUUUGAAUCAAACUGAAUCAUUUCCUUGUUAGUUUUUUAUGUUUCUUUGCUUUUGUGGCUUUGAAAAAUUUUUUGUUGCUGAAAUUGUAACUGCUCUUAAAGUAUAUGAAUAUAUUUCUACACAUGUCUGACUAAUAUUUUGUAAAAAAUGAAAGCAGUGUGACUAACAAGUAACUAACUGACAACUUAAGGUUUGAACCAACUUUCUUCUAAGUUGUUCACAGCAGCAGUUCCUCCAUCUUUCUUUGUUAUCAACCUUGGACAGUUCUUCAGUUUACCACAGUUUAGAGUCUUUAAUUAAUCUGCAUGUUUAAUAUGAUAAAAUAAUUAUCUUUUGAUUUUGUUUACUAUUUGAAAUCUUACUAAUACCAGUAUAUUUUGUGAGAGCGAGGUUAUUUUUUUCAGUCUCAAAUAACAACUUUCUUCAAUGUUUUCAAUCCUCAAACAUUUCUAAUAUUUUCCUCUCUCGGCCGCGACAUUGUUUAUUUUUCUAAAUAAGUUUUUUCUGAUGUGUGAAGUAUUUAAACUGGGAUAUCGCUCAGUUUAGUUGAGUGUUUCAUUCUUGUUAUUUCCUCUCAAUUUGUAAAUCAAUUGUUUCCAACCAGACUGGACUGGAUCCUAAGUUUGAGUAAUGUUGAUUAAGGGAACAAACAUUGAUAUACUAUACAAAAUAUAUGUUUAUUUGAAUAUACAAUGUGUUUUUGACCUUUUACUUCUGUGUAUGAUUUCAAAGUUUAACUCAUUAAACAUUUUAC